AUGAUUGUAACGGAAUACCAGCAGAUGGCCGCUGAUAGCAAAGAUAAACCAGUAGAGCUGAGUCCUAAAAACUCACAAAUUCCAGUACCGAAGCCUCAAGUCCUGAAGAGAAGUAAAACUCUCUUUUUAAUAGGUAUCACUGCAAGGUUAUUCACGUGGUUUACUAUUAUCACAAUUCUAUUUCGCUGUCCACCCACACACGAUCAGCUUAGAGAGAAUUCAUCAAGAGUUUGUAAAUCAUAUUUUCACGCAAGGGAAGUUCUAGCACCUCAUAUACGACCCUAUUAUAAUGAACACAUUGUACACUAUGUGGAAACAGCUCGUCCUCACUACGUAAAUUUUGAGAGUCGGGUAGUUACACCAACGACAGUUUUAGUGAAGAGGUAUUGUGCACCACGCGCAGCACAACUGCAAACACUUAUAGAGAAGAAUUGGGAAGAGAAACUACAACCAAAGUUACACGAUUAUGGGAAUAUAUUAUACCAACGAUAUCGUCAUACACUGGGUGCCGAAGUGGAUGCAGCAUACAUGGUAAUCAAUCCUUACUAUGAAUAUACAAAAAUUAACGCAAUUUACAUCUAUAACGAAGUUAUUCUACCCAGUUACUUCAUAAGUCUAGCGCUUACUGCUGAUGGAUACGUACUUAUUCGUAGCUUUACCAUAAAUACAGCUUACCCGUGUGCUCGAUGGGCAAUUAUCAACGGUUUUACUUUUAUAGACCAAACUGUAUGGCCGCAACUUAAAUUACUAUACAGAGAGAAUAUUGAGCCACAAUUAAUGAAGAUUGGUCAACGAUUAGGCAGAUAUCGGGAGGGAAAGCCUAUAUCUUCAUAUUAUGAAUCAAUCCUAAUUGAAAAUAGUAGCUCUGACUUACCGAAAACUUCUGCUGAUGAUCACUCAUCGGAAAACAUGCCACCACCAUUAGCUCAACCCACGUCAAGCUUAGCAACACCAGAGAUCGAAGUGGAUAAUUACCUCCAAACCUCAAACGAGGACCGAUCAAUUCAGGAGAAAGCUGAAAAGGUCAUUGCACAAGAUUUGCGAGUUUGGCAAGAAAAAUUCGCUGAAGCCGCAGACGAGGGAGCAGAUGAACUAGAGAUCUCCAUCACUGAUAUUACUGACAAAUUUAUACAAAUUCAGGUGAAAACAGAAGGAAAGUCUCAUCUCCUGGAAUUGGAAAAGGCUAUCGAAACUAGCCUAGACUCGCUCAAGAGCAGCAUAAUUUCAAUUGUACAAAAUUCAGAAAAUGAUAUAGAUUCUAGCCAGGAAAUUACUGCUGCUGUGCGCAAAACCGGAAUUGGUAUCAAGCAAAGAGCACAGGAAUUACGGAUAUGGAGGCAAACCAGUGAGCAAGAAAUGACAAGUCUCAUUAGUAAAGCAAUAUCUGAUACACUUGGGAUUCUUGAUACUAUUCAAGAAGCGGGCUUACAAGAAAUUGGAAUGCGAUGGGCUUGGAUGGACGGAGUCACGCACAAAGACUGGGCUAAAUAUCAUGCGCUCAAAACAAACUUUGCAAAGUGGCGUCUAGACGUAGAGCUAGUUGGGACUGAACACCCAGGUAUUGUGAAUGCCCGCACUGCUUUCAACGUUGUUGAAAAUAAAGCCAUGAGUAUUGCGGAGGAUGCUGCAAAAGAGCUAGCAUGGCUUAAAGAGAUCGGGCUUUGGAAGCUCACAGCCAAAGAAACAAGUAAUGACUUUAAAACUAAUCCACAAAUGGACUCAAAGGCUUCGCAGGACAAAACUAAUAUAGAGAAUUUACAUGAAACCAAGCUUAGUGCUACCAUCCUUUCACAAGACGACAAAGAUGCUUCAACUAUCUCAACUGAGAGCUUGCCACAAAUAGACAUUUUAUCAUCUACCUCUAGUGAAUCAUUUCACAAGGAAAACAGUUAA